AUGUCGUCCCAAGCACGGGAGACUCUUCACCACCGCGGUCGGCAUCAAGAUGACAGCCAUCAACCCGAAGAGGAUGACGGUGGCCACGACGUAUCAUCGUCUCGUCCUUCGACAAACAGUGGCCUCCGCUCGUUCCUCCCGCCGCUCAACUUCAUUACUCUUCACUACGCCUACUUCAUCGGCACCACCCUCCUCGCCUCGGCCGUCUUUUACGCCUCAUCGAACCCGCACGGCAGCAUCGGCUAUGUCGACUCGCUCUUCCUCGUCAUCUCCGCCAUGACAGAGGCGGGUCUUAACACCGUCAACCUCAGCGAGAUGACCGUUUGGCAACAGGUCAUGCUGUGGCUGCUCAUCAUCGUCGGGAGCUCCAUCUGGGUCUCCAUCUGGACGGUCCUGGCGAGGAAACACGUUUUCGAAAAGAGUCUCCGGGAGGCUGUCAAGGGCGAGAAAGAGAGAAGAGAUCAGCACGAUCAGUUGCCCAUCUUCCACGACGGCGGCGCUGCAUUAAGAGGCAAAGCGGAGGUGAGGGUGACCGGGGUGAGGGGCACAGGGUGUUCGACCCAGGCUCGAACCAUGGGCAAUCACAUCACCGUCGACACAUCAGAGAACCCCACCCGACGUUCAACGUCCUCAUCGUCUUCGAGCAUCCAAUCUGCUCGUCCUUGGCUGUCGUUCUUCAGCUCUGCCAAGGAAGGGCGCAACUCCCAGUUCCACUCCCUCACAGCAUCCGAACGUUCCCGUCUUGGCGGCUACGAAUACCGCGCCCUCCGACUGCUGUCUGUCGUCGUGCCAUUGUAUUCGGUCCUCUGGCAGGUCCUCGGCAGCCUCGCCCUCGGAGCAUGGAUCGCGAACAACAUGCCCUCCGUCGCGACGUCCAACGGCGCGAACCCCUGGUGGGCCGGCAUCUUCUUCGCCGUAUCGGCGUUCAACAACUCAGGCAUGUCGCUUCUCGAUGCCAACAUGGUGCCCUUCCAGCAGGCGUACUUUGUGCUCAUCACCAUGGGCCUGCUGAUCCUGGCGGGCAACACGGCGUACCCUCUGUUUCUCAGACUCAUUUUCUGGUCUGCCUUGAAGGUGUUGCGGCUUGCUACCGCGGAAGAGGCAUACGUGGAACUGAAGUGCACGUUGGAGUUUAUCCUCAAGUACCCCCGACGGGUGUACACCAAUCUGUUCCCAUCGAGGCCAACAUGGUGGCUGUGCUUCAUGGUGGUCAUGACGAAUGGCAUCGACUGGAUGGCCUUUGAAGUUCUCAACAUCGGCAACCCGGUUAUCGAGGCAAUCCCGGUUGGAGCAAGAGUGCUUGACGGUCUGUUUCAAGCCUUGGCUGUUCGAUCUGGUGGCUUCUAUGUCAUCCCGAUCGCCUCCGCAUACCCCGGGUUGCAGGUCUUGUAUGUCAUCAUGAUGUACAUUUCCGUCUACCCCGUCGUGAUAACCAUGCGCCACUCCAACGUCUACGAAGAACGUUCUCUAGGCAUCUACGCCGACGACGAGGCUCACCCUUCCAACGCCUAUCCCUCCGACGAAAGGAAGCACUCAAAGAGUACCGGGUUUCUCGCUCAGUUGUUAAGAGACAACCUCAGCUUCGCAGGCGUCGGCGCGGCUAAACCCAAGAGCAGCGCCGACAGGUUCGAGUCACGCACGAGCUUCGUCAGCCAACAGAUCCGCGGGCAGCUCGCCCAUGACCUGUGGCUCCUCACGCUUGCCGUACUCGUCAUCGUCACCAUCGAGACCUCGCACUUCCUCGCGGACCCGGUACACUUUUCCGUCUUCAACGUCGUUUUCGAGGUCGUCUCCGGCUACGGAUGCGUCGGCAUCUCAGUCGGGCUGCCCAAGGACGCCAUGAGCUUCGCCGGCGGCUGGCAUGCGGGGAGCAAGUUGGUGCUGUGCCUGGUCAUGUUGAGAGGACGCCACAGAGGUCUUCCUGUCGCGCUAGACCGGGCUGUAAGGCUGCCUGGGCAGAGGCUGUUGGAGGAUGAAGAAGAGGACUGGAGGUUGAGACAAGUUAGAACUGGCCGCUGA